CUUAACAGAUACCACUCUCCACUAGGAAAUGCACAGCAGAAGGGCUGUCAUGGAGUUAGUCACUGUUCGGCUGUGUUUGCUCCUUGUUUAUUCUGCCAUUGGUCUGGCUUUUCAGGAAAUCUUAGUUGAUGUGGAUGCUGGAAAAGACAAGGACAUUUUUGACAUCAAUCAAGCACAGGGACUGAAUCUGUUCGAAGGAGACAUCCAACUUGCUACAAAUGAAAGAAACUCGAUCAUUGGUGACAAUUAUCGGUGGCCAAUACCAGUUCCAUACUACUUAGAGGACAGCUUAGACAUCAAUACGAAAGCACUUGUCUUAGAAGCUUUCGAACGUUACCGACUCAAAUCUUGCAUAGACUUCAAACCUUGGGAGGGAGAACCCAAUUACAUCUCAGUAUUCAAGGAAAGUGGAUGUUGGUCCUAUAUUGGGAAUUUACGUAGGGGAAAGCAGCAACUUUCGCUUGGUGCCAACUGUGACAGAAUAGCGACAAUUCAGCAUGAGUUUCUCCAUUCUCUGGGGUUUUGGCAUGAACAAUCACGGGCUGACCGAGAUGACUACGUCACAAUUGUGUGGGACAGAAUCCUGAGUGGACGAGAAGGCAAUUUCAAUAAAUAUAAUGAUACUCGGUCCAGCUCUCUAAAUGUUCCAUAUGACUACACAUCAGUUAUGCAUUAUGGUAAGACAGCCUUUCAAAUUGCCAGUGAACCCACCAUUGUAACGCGGAUAGAAUCCUUCAGUGAUGUCAUUGGACAAAGAAUGGAUUUCAGUGACUACGAUCUUGAAAAGCUUAAUCGUUUGUAUAACUGUUCUAAUUUUCUCACUUUCCUGGACACUUGUGAUUUUGAGUACAACAACAUCUGUGGAAUGAUACAAGGUACAGGAGAUAAUGCAGAUUGGGAGCAUGUCCUUCAAAACUCUACUGCACGGUCUGGACCCAGUACUGAUCACACUAACCUAGGGAAAUGCAAAGACAGUGGGUAUUUCAUGCACCUCAGCACCAGCACACUAAAUACAGGAGAUACAGGACUAUUGGAAAGUCGACUUUUUUACCCAAAGAGAGGAUUUCAGUGCUUGGAAUUCUUCUACUUCCACAAUGGUGAUGUAUCUGACCGCCUGAACAUCUGGAUCAGAGAAUACACAGAUGCCUUUCCAAACGGCACACUGACAUUUGUCACCACAGUCGAUGCUCAGCCCGCAAACUAUUGGCAGCUGUACCAUGUGUCUCUAGUCGCAAGCACAAAGUUCCGCGUUGUCUUUGAAGGAGUAAAAGGAAAUGGAAACUCCAAUGGAGGUUUUUCGAUUGAUGAUAUUAAUUUAUCCGAGGCUAAAUGCCCACAUUUUAUUUGGCACAUCCAAAACUUUGAAAACCAGCUCAAUAAUGUAACUCUUAGACUUUACAGUCCUCCCUUUUAUUCCAAAGAUGGGUAUGCUUUCCAGGUGCAGCUUAGAGCUACUGCCUCUCCUGAUAAGUUCCAUGACCUGGCAAUAUAUUUUCAUCUUAUUUCUGGAGAGAAUGACAACAAAUUGCAGUGGCCAUGUUCCCUAAGACAGGCAUCCAUGACACUGAUGGAUCAAAAUCCAGAUAUUCGGAAGCGUAUGAACAAUCUAAGGAGCAUUACCACAGAUCCCUACCAACUAACAGAUAAUGGAUUUUUUUGGGAUAAACCUGAGAUAGUAGGAACCAAUGCUUCCUUCUCUAAUGGAACGCAGUUUUUCCGUGGACCUGGAUAUGGAACAUCAGCAUAUAUCACACAUGACAGGGUACAUAGCAGAGAUUUUCUAAAAGGGGGUGAUGCAUUCCUUCUUAUAACAGUAGAAGAUGUAACUCAUCUAAAUACAACUCAGCCAGCUGCUCCGUCUACUACUACUAGACCAACCACAACAGGAACAGAAACAACAACUACCACAAUAACACCAGGAACAACUACCACCACAAGAGCACCAGGAACAACCACCACCACAAAAGGAACAGCAACAACCACCACCACAACACCGGGAACAGGAACAACCACCACCACAACACCAGGAACAACCACCACUACAACAGAUAGUUUCUGUGCAAAUGAUACCUGUGACAAUGAUGGCAUCUGUAUUACUGAGAAUAACAAGCCAGUCUGCAGGUGUAAAGUUACGAAAGACUGGUGGUAUGUGGGAGACAGAUGUGAAACCAAAGUUUCCAGCCAAGACACAACGGUGAUUGCCGUGGCGUCUUCUGUCACCAUAUUUGUCGUCAUGUUAGGAGUCACACUUGUCACUGCGUACUGCUUGAAGAAGAAGCACAAAAAACAACUUGCAGGGUCUGAAGAUUUACAAAUUUCCUUGUGAGCCUCUUCCAUGAUAGAUCAUCAAGUAUAUGUUUACUCUAAUGGCUUCAGUGAAGAACCAACAUUACUGAACUUCAAGCAAAUAUAAACUGCCACUAAUUAGCCUAGUUAUGUAUUCAUUAAUCAUAAAAAAAAUAUAUUUAAAGUAAACUUUUCAUAAAAGGAA